GGGAUCGCGGCUCCGCCAGCUUCCUCCGCUGCUCCUGAGCGCCCGGCGAUGCGCUGCUGAGCAGGUGCGAGCAUCCUGAAGGACACACGGACGGACGCUCCGCUCGGCAGCUACUGAAGGAAACCCAGGAGCUCCUGCUAAUGUUUCAUCAGCUGAGCUUGGAGCUGUAACCCCACCAGGUGGUUCUGAGUUCAACAUCAUGCUGUGCCUCUCCCUGCUCCUCCAUCUCCUGGUCCUCUCGCUGGCGCCCACAGAUGCAUCGAUCCACAGGGUAGCGCCCGACUUUUAUCGAGAUGAAGCUGCAGGUUUUGGGCCAGUGUUUGAGGAGCAGCCGGUGGACACCAUCUACCCCGAGGAGUCACCCGAGGCCAAAAUAACCAUGAACUGCCGGGCUAUAGCCAAUCCACCUGCCACAUACAAAUGGACGCUGAACAACACCGAAAUCAACCUGAAUGAAGAGAAAAGCCACUACAGUUUAUUAGGAGGCAACUUGGUUAUCAGCAACCCUAAUAGAACCAAACAUGUGGGAAGAUACUCCUGCUUGGCUACCAACAUGUACGGCACGGUCGUCAGCGCAGAGGCUUCUGUCCAGUUCGGCUACCUUGACCUUUUCUCAUCGGAGGAGAGGUCUACGGUGCACGUGAAGGAGGGCCAGGGUGCCGUUCUGCUGUGCGCUCCGCCACCACAUUAUCCAGCUGGGCUGUCAUUUCGAUGGAUCCUCAACGAAUUCCCCACCUUCAUCCCGUUGGACAAGCGGCGAUUCGUCUCCCAGACAACGGGCAACCUAUAUAUCUCCAAGGUGGAGUCGUCAGACAGGGGCAACUACUCCUGCAUCGCAACCAGCCAAUCCAUCUCCAAGAGCGUGUUUUCCAACUACAUUCCUCUCGAGCCUCUGGUUGAACGUCCCAUCAGGAAAUAUCCUGCUGAUCUCAGAGUCAAGUUCCCCGACACCACCGUUCUGGUGGGACAAAAUGUCACCCUGGAAUGCUUCGCUUUGGGGAACCCCGUACCUACGAUCCGCUGGACAAGGUUAGAUGGAAAGAUGCCACACAAUCAUGAGGUGAAGAUGUCAGGCGCUCAGCUGCAUCUGAACAACGUCCAGUUUGAGCACGGUGGCACCUAUAAAUGUGAGGCAAUGACCUCAAAAGGAAAGAAUGACUACCACGAAGCACAUGUGGCUGUGGAAGCUUAUCCUGAGUGGGUGGAGAAAAUCCGAAGCACGGAGAAAGACCUCCACAGCAGCUACACUAUGUCGUGCAUAGCCAAUGGCAAACCCACGCCACAAAUCCGCUGGCUGAAAAAUGGAAAUCAGAUUGAGAGCGAAGACGUGAUGUUCAGCAGCUUGACAUUCGAUGAUUCAGGGAUGUACCAGUGCAUAGCUCGGAAUCGCCACGGAGUUAUUUAUGCCCAUGCAGAGCUGCGUGUGUUCGCCUGUGCUCCCACAUUUGAACACAAUCCCGUGAAGAGAGUACUGGCACCUAGAAAUGGGCGGGUGGUGAUUAGCUGUCGACCCAAAGCGGCUCCGAAGCCCAGCUUCUUCUGGAGUAAAGACACCGAGCUGCUCUCCAACUCCACCAGGGUGUUUGUCUGGGAGGACGGGAGCCUGGAGAUCCUCAAUGUCACGCGAGCAGACGAAGGCAGGUACACGUGCUUUGCUGAGAACGACCGCGGAAAGGCCAAUAGCACGGGAUCCCUGGUCGUCACAGAGUCCACAAAGAUCACGUUGGCGCCAUCCAACGCCGACGUCAAAGUCGGGGAGAACACCUUCAUGCAGUGUGGGGCAUCACACGACCCCACGCUGGACAUCACCUUCGUCUGGUCCCUGGACGGGCGGGUCAUCGACGUACACAAGGACGGCCAGCAUUAUGAACGCAGAGCGAACGGAAGUUCGAAUGGGGAGCUGCUGAUCAAGAACGCUCAGCUGAGACUCGCUGGACGUUACACCUGCACUGCACAGACCCCCGUCGACAACGUCACUGUCUCCGCUCACCUGGUUGUCAGAGGUGCCCCCGGUGCCCCAGGUGGGGUGCGAAUAAUCAACAAAGCCGACAAGAGUGUGACGCUGCAGUGGAGCCGAGGAGCAGACAACCACAGCCCCAUCUCCAAAUAUAGCAUCCAGUACAAAGACCAGUUCUCAAAGGAUGUCUGGAAGAAUUCCAGCACAUCUCCUGCUGAUGUUGAGGGAAAUGCUGAGACAGCCACGGUGGUGAAUUUAUUCCCGUGGACGGAGUACGAGUUCAGGGUCAUCGCCACCAACACUCUUGGGACAGGAGAGCCGAGCAGCCCGUCACCUAAAGACAGAACACUGGACGCAGUUCCUGUGGUGGCGCCCUCAGAUGUCAGCGGGGGUGGAGGGGCCAGCAGAGAGCUGACCAUCACAUGGACGCCAGUUCAGCCGCAGUACUACUUCGGGCCUAAUUUUGGAUACAUUGUGGCCUUCAGACCUCAAACAGAAUAUGAGUGGAAAAGGGUGGCUGUGGCUGACCCGGAGGCCAAGCAUUACAUCCACAAAGACCCCAACAUUCCUCCUCUGACGGAGUUCGAAGUCAAAGUUAAAGCGUACAACAGCCUCGGAGAGGGACCUUACAGCCUGCCUGCCAUCAUUUCCUCGGCGCAGGACGCUCCUUCCGAAGCUCCUGCAGUUCUUGAUGCGAGAGCGCUGUCAGCCACAGUGGCCACUAUCAACUGGAUAUAUCACUCGCACAGUAACAUAGAUGGAUACCAGGUGAAGUACUGGAGGAGUCACGAGGGCAGCGAAGGCGAGGCCCAAAGUAUCGGAGUGCUGGGAAGAGAAAACUACACGAAAGUUGAAGGUCUGAAACCCAACACGGAAUACUUUAUCGAAGUUCGCUGCUACAACUCUGCGGGAUACGGGCCGCCCAGCAAACGCAUGAAGAUCCACACAAAGAAACCUCCUCCAGAUCGACCUCCAAAAAUAAUUGGCACGAAGCUAAAGGGCCACUUGGUAAAUGUUGCCUGGGAACCUGUGGAACCGCUUGCUAAUGAGUCUUCGGUGGAUAGCUACCGGGUGCUGUACAAACAGAAGGGAAACUCGACAAGCACUCUGUACACAACCUAUAAGCGGUUCAUAGAGCUCCCCCUGCAUUCGGAUGGGGAAUACGUGGUGGAGGUCCGGGUGCACACAGAAGGAGGAGACGGCGCGGUGGCACAGAUCUCCGUUACAGGUGGAGGCAUCACGGCCACCUUGUCCCUCAGCGUGCUCCUCCUGCUCCUGGUGGCUCUCCUCGUCCUGGACCUCUGAAUGUAGCGCCAUCUUUGUCUUCGCCUCCCAUGAAGGAGACUUCUGCGCGGUUGCUGAAGGUUCACGCCAAUAAGGAAUGAGGAACUCUUUCCAGAAUAUGUUGGUUCCGCCUUGUAAUCCCUAUAAGUUGCUUUCCAGCAACUCCUCUGGGAUAUGUUUGCGGAAAUGGACUCAGAAAUGGAAAAAUUGGAAAUAGACGAAGACAUUCCUUAUUUAUCCACAAAAUCCUCCGUGAAGGAGAGUCCAAGGAGUUCCAUCAACUUUAAAUGCCUUAUAUAAAUGAUUGCUCUUGUCUUUCACAGUGACUUGUUUUACAAAGCCUCAUGAUGUGUAAACCCUGCACUUCAUGAGCUGAGGUUGCUUGUUCAGCCUUUUUGCUUCUCAAAGCACAUAAUGACCCUGUACUUUUAGACUUGUAGACUUCAUUUUACCUGUGAUGUUUUGGAAAAUUAAUCCUUCGGUGCAUUCCAUGUACGAGGUAAAUAGGGAACUGUGAAGGACAAGUGUAUGAGUUUAUAAAAAAAAAGAAAAAAAUAGAAAAAAGUCAUGUCUUUCUUUACCUGCAGUUCAGUGGCAUCUUUUUAGCGAAACAAACCCUCUCUUAAGAGAUACAGUCAAAGCAAAUCUCAACCUCUUGCAUAUCUGAUUUUAUAACAAGCACAGAGAAAAGAAUAAUUUAUGUCAUGCCGAUAUAAUAUAUCCAAUAACUGAUAUUGUUUUUAAUCUCUAAUAUAUUGUUGAUGGUAUAUAAGAAAAGCAGAUUGGUUUAACUCAUAAAUGUUUAUUUGCAAACCGUAACAUGAGCUCUAUAAUUACCACUUCCAAACUUUGUGCACGUUGACAUUGUUACAUGGACAUUCGGUGUUAAAUGUGGCGUACAGCAGAUGCAAAGCUGGGUCCGAACCCGAUCUUAAAGAAAACCACAAGAACGAGAAGUGGACUUAAAAUAACGUGUCAAACAUGCAGUUUCAGAAGCAAACCUGCGUCGAAGAGUUCAAACUCUGCUGAUGUUGUACAAUUGUGCAGUGAUGAACGUGUUUUUUUUUUUUUUUACCAAUGUGGGAAAUUCAGAUUGACAACUGGUAAAUGAACUUAAACUAAUUCUAUUUUGUUUUGACUGUAUCAUUUGGACCUCUGUGGUACCAGCUGGUGCUUUGUAAAGAAUGUUAGCAUUUCAUCCGUUGCAAAACAAUUUCAUUUUAAUUUCUCACUGACGGCUUUCUGAGGGAGUCACUAAUAACUAACCUGGCCAGCCGUACCCAUACAUUUAGCAAAAAUGGAGCUGUUAUCCUUUCAUUCGUGGCCAAUUCCACGUGAAUACCAGAAUUGCUGAUAACACUGAUUCACGUGUUUUUACAGCAAAAGCAACAGCAGCUAUUCGCUGGUGUUGCUGUGCCACUGCACGCCAUUUUGGAUGUCUUUUGCUGAUAUUUGUCUGGUUGUUGCUCUGAUUCUCCCAUAUCUAAGUCAAAUCCAGAGGAAUCAGACUAAUCAUUUGUGCUGAACAAGAGCGGGAUAAGGAUGGCUGGCCAGGCAAACUAUUAACAGUCACAGUGAAAGGUAGUCAAACUCAUGCCCUGCUAUAAUUGUGCAAUGUCCGAGUUAUCUCCAAUGACUUCAUAUUUUUUACAAUGAUAGUUUGCUGAGCCCCUUUAGCAGCAGCUCUCUGUAUUUCCUUUUUCAUUAUCUAAUAUAAGCAAAUGGUAAAUAAAGCCAUUCAUAUCAGUGGUAAGAGCUCAUUCAAACCUCAUAAUGUUGUUUCAGAUGAUUUUUUUUAUUCUUAACAUGUGAUCAAAGUUAUAUGAAGAUUAUCAGCUGUUGUCAUUGUUGUUUUUGAUUAUUACAUGAUUAUUGCAUUUGUGUGUUUUCACCCAUCUUUGUUGGACAGCUGAAAAGUUUGCUUCCCUCAAAUGAAGGAACAAAUACUGUAUUUUGAGUUCUUCCUGAUCAUUUAUUGUAUGACUCAUGCUGGUUAAGCUUCUACAUUGUGACAGUAUCAAAGUCCACCACAAAGUGCUUUUUCCCAUUUAUCGUCAUGCCAGAGACCGUAGAAGGAGUUGCCAAAUGCAUGAAUGCCUUGAACUGUGACACUUUGGACGAAACGGUGGCUCGACAUAAUAACAUGCAUGAGAUUGGAGUCAUAGUGCUACUUUACAACAAACCAACACCGUAGAACUUAUGAGACGCAUUCCGGUCCUGAGUGACAUCCCUUUAGAGACAGUAGAGAUUUUAGACUAAUAUAUGCAUUAGGUGCUCAGCUUCAUUAAGCCAGUCAUCUCAUGGGAAGUCAUUUGGGAGAUAAGGGAUAACCUUAAACUGACUAAAGGAAUCUCACUCAUUCAAGUUCAAUAAGGUUGUGCACUCUCAUGCACAUGAUGCUUGGGAUGUGACGGCAUCAGUGGUCGUAUUGGCAGCUUCUCUGGCUGCCUGCUGGAAUUCAGUUCUGUGCUGGAUAUGAAUGGCAUAUAUGAGGGAUCAAACUGAAACUCUCAUUAGCUGGAAAAGGAACAAUA